AUGGAUCCUCCGAUGUUACCACCGAGCAUAUUCGGCAUUCACGAAGAUCCCAUUACAUACGCGACACUCAGAGUCAGACCAUCAUAUCCGCUAGAUCAUAUUGACGGCCCACUUGACGAUAUUUCUAAUCAACAAUCGGUCGACGUAAACGAUGGAAACGACGUAAACGACGGACCGGAUUUUUUCGAUCGAGACGUACAUUCACAGUCUCAAUUCACCACCCCCGCAUCAUGUGAUCGAGCAACUUACCCUCUUCACCCCACGCCGUCACGUAAACUGAAACGAAAACUACCACAAUCACCCGCAAGUCCACAACCAUUCGAUGUAAAUGACGGUCCGGAUUUUUUCAUUCCAAUAAGUACAUCAACGCCGAUUCAACCAACUUACACCCAACACCCAGCACCAGUACGCGAUGUUAGACGAAGAUUAUUUUAA